AUGCACACUCAGCCAGAGCACGGACUCGACACAGGCUUGGCAGAUGAACUUCAAAGGUCUUUUGCAUGGGUGCCUCUCACAACUCAGACGACGAAUUUCUCGCAGAUGCUGGAAUUGCGAGGCUUGCAAGAAGGUACUGGCAAAGUCCCAGAUAUUUUCAAGGGAGAUAUCAUUGAUUGGAAUGAGCUGGAGAAGGUCGAUAAAGGAAUCACACCCACAGGGUUUGUCGAAGAGAUUGACGUGGUUGCCCGUGGGUCACAAGGCAUGGAGCCAGGCUGGAACAUCAAUACACUGUUGACGUCAGAGGGUGUAGCACAAUAG